GUCCUACCCCGGCGUCAGACAUGGCUUACAUCCAUUCCUGCUUUCUUCUGCUGACGCUCGCCGUCGCCGUCGCCCUCAGUCUCGACAUCGCUUCAGCUAAACCGGGAGAACGCGAGAGGGACCGUGCGGGCGUGGGUGUCGUGGGUCUUCGCUCGGUCGCCAACUCCAAGGGUAUCUACCCUCUCCGCAGACGCUUCACUGCCCGAGGCUGUUCUUCUUUCGGCCAUUCGUGUUUCGGGGGCCACGGCAAGCGCGCAGACGAGCAGUUCCCGGCCCCUGACUACCAAGCCGACCAGGAACCGGGUGAGGAGAAGUUGCCUGACCAGUACCGGCAGGCGGACAUCGUCCCACUUCUUAGACAAUGGCUCCAGCUGCAGUCCUACAGAAGGAUGGCAGAAGGCAACAACAACUAGACCCUCAAAAACCCCCAGUUUUGUUUUGUUAGUUGUAAGCAAUGAUACAUAUUCUAAACUGAGUAUAACAUUUCAUCAUUGUUAAAUUUUGUAUGAUGUAUAAUUUAUCACUCAAAGAUUGAAACCGUUGCUUGUUGAUGUGAUACAGUACAUCAAUUCUUGUUUGUUUUCAGUCCUAAAAACUGAAGUCUGCUUUUCCUCUCAACUGCAUAUUAUUACUAUAUAGUUUUAUUCUUCAAAUUGCUUUUGAUAGAGUAUAUACUGUUCAAUACUUAAAUUGGAGUAUCAAAUAGUAUUUCUUUCUAUAAAUCAGUUACAAAUUGUGUAACUAAUACAUUAUUUUAUGAAACAAAUAUAUUUAACCAUUAAAAAUACAAUUUGUCCAACAGACUAAUAUUUUGUGCAAAUAUUGCUUAGUGUUACUCAUUCAGUUAUACGUCAAAAAUACGUCAAGGAUAUGAGCAAUUGUUAAUCACGUACAAAUCAUUUUUCACUUCUAAACCGGUGUUUAAGAUUCUUUGGUGACACGUUGUGAUCAAAACCAUAUCAAGAACUAUGAUUAAAAGUUAUAUAUCCUUUACGUUUUGUUCAAUGGACUGUUAACCCAAAAUUUGUUUAUAGCAAUUAUUUUUGUAGUACUUUUAUAAAUUUAUGAUGUUGUCGGUAAAAUAAUUCAUCUAGUAAAUAGUAUAUAUUUUCACAAUAAUCCUUUUUACUGAAAAUGUAUAAUUAAUAUGUAUUCAUUUAUUUUCACUACGACAGGAUACAAUAUUUUGUUAAUUUAUAAAUUAAUACUAAUGUAAUGCAAUGUAAUAUCAGGCUGAGAAUUGUUAAAUAUGAAAUUUGUUGAUGCAAAAUUUUACUUCUCUCUACCAUUUACUGUUUUAGUACUUAAACAUACGUGUGAAAACUAAUUAAUUGUUCUAACUAAAUAAAAUAUCUAAAUUUCUCAUAUGGUAAUUGUUCACUUAUAUUUAAUUUUAAAUGAUCCAAAAAAGAAGUAUAUUAAGUUUUGUUCAAAAGGCAGUUAUAGUAAAAUGUCUUACAUUAGUUUAAGCACACGGUUAAUGUUAUAAACACCUCUUUUACAAUAAUAUCAGUAGUACGUAAGCAAGUUUAUUAAAUUCCCAUAUUGCUAUUACUGUAAUAGUGUAAUAUUUUACUGAUUUUUAUUCGAGUUUGGUUACAUUAAAUCUCAAUUUUAGUGAGAACCAAUACCACCACACAUAAUAAAGGUACUUACAUUAAACUAUAAAUGUCUAUUAUUUUAUUAUGUGAAGACAUUGUGCAUUGAGCGAAUCAACGUGAUGUAGUUGUUAUAUUAGUUGUUAGUUCCUUGACUCAGUUGUAUUACUGUAGUAUGUAGCCUGACCACUACGAGUAUGUGAACUGACUGUACAAUAAAAAUUAUUAUUUGAAGUAAA